UGAAGGAGUGUGCUCGGCGGUCUGGAGCCGCGAUGGCCGCUGGGUUGUCAGUGGAGGUGGCGACGGGGUGGUCAAGGUCUUCGCCCGAUAGCGAGGCCGAGGCCAUGGCCGUGUUGUAUGAUUCUUUUUUUUCCUUCUUAUUUUUUCUCUUUUCGCUGAUACUUCCUUUUCUUACGGCAUGUUCUUCGGACGCAUGAAAUGGAUGAGCGAUUGGCCGAUUCUUGAGCAUUUGCACCAACGGUGUCCAUCUACCUGGCAUAUGUUCCUUUCUACUCGUGUGAUAGUACCUUUUUUACCCUUCUAUUGCCAAUCAUCUAUCUUCUCUGCUCGCCGAUCCGGUGCGGGCUCCUGCUCUUUCUUCCAUACCUUUUUCUCUCUUGCUUCUCUCUUGGUCUGUUUUAUACUCCUCGUGGAAACCACGAGAGAGAUAAUGUGUGCUGCUAUACUCCCCUUGCUUUUUUUUUUUCGACCUGCCCCCUUCCCAAUUUCCCCUUCCCCUAUAGCUCAUACCCCGAAAACAUGUCUUCUCAACACGACGCUUUUUGAUACCUGUGAAGCAAGCCCCUUUUUGGUGCGUAUCCCGAUGGAAGCAGACUUGGCGAACCUUGUGUGCCCACCACAUUGAUGUCCCUGGCCUUCAUGAUCCCCCAGUUGUCGCGGCCCCUAUGCGCGGAUGCUGUAUGAUGAUUCUCCUUUGCCCUUAUGCUAGACCCUUUAACCAAUCCUGUAUAUUGUCUGCUUUGCCGCGACUGGCUCGG